CUAUAACAAAAAUGAUUUUAAAGAUUUUAUAAUUUAGAAUAACAUUGCCCAAAAAGCUUUUUUUUUUAAGAAGAAUUUAUUUCUUCCCGUAUCAAUCUUUAAUCAAAUAAGGAUUAUGAUUUGAGCUGUUGGUUUUAUUGAAAUGAGAUUAUCUGCAACUAUGUUUUCCUUUAUAUUAAGGAAGGUUAAUCCCUAACAUUUUUUUAAAUUUAUCCUGUACAAAAUAUUUAAAAAAUAACAAGAUUUGUAUUCUGUAUUAUCAUUAAAUAAAAUCAUUAUAAAUCAUUAAUAGUAUCAUUAAAUAAAAAAUAGUGACAUCAAGAGCGACAAUUACAGAUAUUACUCAAAAUUAAGCAUAGUAACAUCUCUAUGCUUUAGCGUUUAGUCUGCGACAGCUUGCUAAAUACAAAAGUCAUAUACAUUGUAAGUCUUCACCGCUCGCUCGUCCGGACUAAGUCACUCGUGUUUGAUACGAUAUCGAGUUACCUCGGCGCUGAGGUAUGGUGCGCAACUGCGGUGCGAAAACCGGUCCGAAUUGUUACUGCGAUGAACAUUGUGUAAUCCAGUGCCGCGACAUCGCAGCAAGCAAUAUGAAUUCCGAAAAUGCAACAUUGUGGAAAGGGAAUUCGGGGCUGUCGUUGCUCUUUGCCACUCUGUGUAUUGUCGAUAUUUUUGGCGUAUUCCCGAUAAUUGCGCUACCACGAUCCAUCGUCCAGUGCGGAUUGUAUGGAAUUCCUUUGGUGCUUGUUGUCUUCGGUUUGCAAAUUUAUACGGCUAUUCUGCUGGGAAAAUCAUGGAUCAUCGCAACUGCUUUGGAUCCACAAAUUUCACGAAAAAAUCGUUAUCCUCUCACCGCUGUGACAGAAUUAACCAUGGGACAGCAAGCAAAAUCCAUUGUCACUCUAUUUUUAAAUCUAACAGUUUUUGGUUGCGGCAUUCCGAAUUUGUUAGUCGCUUCACAAAACUUACACUUAUUCGGACUCAAGGUAUCAGAACAGAAUUUUUAUCUUUCUUUCUGUUACUGGCUGUUAAUAAUCGGCUUUUUACUGUGUCCAUUAAUGUGGCUAGGCAGCCCACGAGACAUGAAAUGGGUCGCAACAUGCUCCAGUAUAACGGUCAUUUUAACAGCGAUAUUAACUUGGUGGAGUAUUAUAAAUGAUGAUCGAAUAUUCAAUGUCGUGUCAAUUGCCACUUCACCAACGUGGGAUAAAUUUAUUUCCGGAUAUGGUAUGUUGGCGUUUCAAUUCGAUGUGCAUCCUACUUUAAUGACGAUACAGGUUGAUAUGCGUCACCCCUCAGAUAUCGAUAAAGCCAUCUUCUUCUCUUUUAUAACAAGUGGAUCGUUAUUCACUGUUACCGCUUGCCUAGCCGUGUGGAAGUACGGCGAAAAUACGACUGCUAAUAUCCUGGAGGCUGUGCCAUCCGGACCGGUUGCGAAUAUCGCCAUUCUAUUAGCCGCUCUCCAGCUAUGCUUCUCCAGCGUGAUCGGUUACUCGGCGCUCUUUCAAUAUUUAGAAGAUCAAUGGAGCGUACAGAGAACUUUCGGAUGGAAACGAUGUGCCAUGAGAUCGGCGGUGGUUUUCCUCAGUGUAGUAGUGGGUGAAUCAGUGUCACGAUUCGACAUCGUUAUGGCUCUGAUUGGUGGUUCGUUAACUGGAUCCUUGGUCUUCAUUUUACCACCCUUAAUAUAUGCUCGAGCACUAGCUUUGAAGAAACAAUCGAGUCAUGUAGCGACACAAACUUAUUCAGGUUUUCGCAAAAGAUUCAACGGAGAAGAACAGCGCUUGAUGGACCCCGCAGCUCAUUCCCGUUCAAUUUACUACGGUUUCUUAAAUACCACGAAUAAUCCUCGCAGUUAUACGUAUCUCUACUUCAACGACUUAAACGACGAGACGAAUUCACAUUCGAGCGAAUCGGUCGAUUGUUGUGAAGAAGAAACCCAAAUUCCAAUGACCUCGUCGGGAGGAAUUCAUCGGGAGGAUCAGCUGUUGCUUAUUGACACCGCAGAACCAACCAAAGAUCGAAUCAAGAAGUCUACGAGUGAUUUAUAUGAAAAGGUUGUGGAAACGGUUGCGAAGAGGAGAAAAUCAUGGAAUUUGGAAAAGGCGAUCAAUUACUUUGGCUACUUCAUAGUAACGAUUGGUAUAGCGAUUACACUAUCUUCAACAUAUAUUAACAUCUUGAAUACCAUACGUUACGUACGUUUUACGCCACCGUGCAUUAUUAACGCCACUGCGAGUUAAACUAUAAUUUAGUUUUCACUAAUCAUUUAUAUUAAUAUAUUAUUACAUAUAUUUUAUUAUACAUUUUAGGAUAUAUUUAAAUUAUAUAUUAUUAUAAAUGUAUAUAUCUUACGAAUUUUAAAUAUAUACAAUUUUUAUUACGAUUAACUCGUCUGAGUUUGGUAAUUUCAAUGUUUAAGAAUUUAAUAUUCUCUAAAUUAUAUGGAAUACAUAAUGAGAUGUAUCACCGCUUUUUGACAACACAUCCUAAGAACAUUUGUAAUAUAUUGAAAUGAUCGAUUCACUUAUAUUUCUAAAACUGACACAUUUUAAGAAAAUUGUUUUGAGAAAAAAUCCAGAGAAUAUAAAAUUAAAAGAGAAACUGCUAAAAUUCAACUUGUGAGAAAUUGUUGCAUUUUUAUUUGCAUAUCUAGUCCCAUAUACUCGUGCUUGCACACACGAAGUACCCAUUAUGUACUCUUACAUUCAUCUACAUAUGAGAAUAAGGAUAAAUUUUAAAAGUAGUCUUGGGAACAAUGAUGACCGGAUAAGUGACAGUGGAUAAGAAGGGUAGACAGUUUUUCAAGAAUGUCAAUGUAUACAAUAAGGCGCUUUAUUUCUAUAUAAAUCUCUCGAUAACUAGCAUCGUAUAGAAAUAAUCGGUACUUAUGUGUCUAGGCUGUGUGCGAGUUGUAGCAUGUGUGCGAAAUA